AUGGUUUCCAUCAAAGCAAUCCUUGCCUUCGCCCUGGUUGGUGCUGCUGUUGCAAACCCCAUUGAAAACCGCAACAACCACGUCAAAUGCAACAACAAGGCUCUCAAAGGCAGCGACCAGAAGCUUAGCGUUGACAACGUUCAGCGCCAGCUUGGUGCCUCUCCAAUUGACACCGGCAGAUCUGGCUACCCUCACGACUUCCAGAACUUCCAGAACAUCAAGUUCCCCAAGGGUUGCAGAAACGAGCGCCUUCGCGAGUACCCCGUCUUCCAGGCUGAGGGUGCUCUCUACAACUUCGACUCCCGCCCCAAGGAUGACCCAGGCCCAUUCCGUGUCAUUGCUACCGCUGAGACCAGACUCUACUGCGGCGUUAUUUCCCACGACGGAGAGGGUGACAACCCAAAUGCCGGGAACUUCCACCUCUGCGAGUAA